AUGAAACCGGCUGAAAAUUACAAGCCCAAAUAUACGUCCCAGUCGUUCUCCGACAGUAGGAAUCUGCCUGAUUCGUAUUGGAAUUAUCAACAGAAGAAGGGCCAGUCCCUUUCGUUUAACAGAAAUGGCAGAAUUGUGAAAAUGCUCUCAAGGAACACGGAAGCACCUGUCAGCUACUAUUCCUCUUCGACUUCUUACAAACCAACGAAAGGACACGUGUGCUCCAAUCCAACGUACCCUAGGUGUGUCUCGCCUCACGCUGGCGAGGUAUCGCAACACCGCAGUCUGCAGGGUCACUCGAAACUCGGCAGAGACAAGCAUUACACUCCCAAUGUCUCGACCAAGAGCAAACCUCGCUACGACGACGAGUUAGGGAACACCGAAAAGUUCAAAUACAUUAACGAGGAGUUGGGGAACUUUACUGAUGAUAACGCAGACGAGGAGGUGGAGGACGAAGAGGACGAUAACGCGGAGGCAGGCGAAUUCCUAAAUAAGGAGUACGACGAGCAGGAAGCUGACGAUGAAAUUGACGAGGAAUCCGACCCGUCUCCACAGACUCAUAGAGCUCAGAGAGCCAGUAUGAAGGAGGCGGACGCGAGGCAACCACGAUGGAGAGCCACCGACCAGCAGCAAGAUCCCCGACGACAUCGCUGCCAGCAACGUGUCUUGGCUAAGCAUCGCCUGGUAAUUAGGUACUAUCACAAUGUCGCUGAGCACGAGGUUCCCGAGCCCUUAUCAGAAGAAGACUUCGUCCGAACAUCCAAGAAAAAUCUACUGAAGAGAUCCACGGACUAUCAUCAAUGGUCACCAUCCAGAGGCGAGCCAGAUCGUUAUGUCGUGACACCGAUGUCCGUCCAGACUCGACGAGCCCGCACGAAAACGGAAAUCGACCAACUGAUAGAGACGGAACUCGGAGAAACAAGAAAGUGCAAUUGCUGCGGCAGCUUGACGCAGAGGAGACCAGAGUCACCUGUGAAGACCAGCUGCAGAUUCGAUGAUCGCGUCAGCUUUCCUACCAAGGGACCAAUCGGUGACGAGCCAGACAGCCACGAGCAGAUGUUCUGUGCCCGCUACAACUGGAGGCACAAUCCGAAGGACACGAGUGGCGUCAGCGACAUCCCACCCUCACAAUACCCGAUGAAAUCCCGUAAAUCUCGAGACGUGAAGUCGCCGACGAUCUACCAAGUACCCGAACAUGACUGUAUCGACCAGCUUCCGAACGAGUACACGCGAGCUUCAUCGAGAUACCACAGAAAGACCAUGGAUCCGGAGAAAUCUAAACGUUCUCCAAACAUUUCGUACGUUGUGCCACGUGUUUCGUCACGAUACGACGAAUAA